AUGCCGCUUGCCGACUCGCCGCAGGUGGCCAACACACAAGAGGUGACAGGCAUAGAAUACACUGUUAUCAACAUCCAGAGUGGAGUCAGUGAUUCAUUCGACAACAUACUGCCAGUGCUGACCACAGCCUACCGCAACUUCUCUUCUGCUGUCAAGGGGGGCUUGAGAUCCUCGAAACACUUCAAUUCACAAGGAAACUUGAGAACAGGUGCUGGACAGCAGAGGGACAGUAACAUUUGGACUCUGGACGAGGCGUUCGUCCACCUGCCGGAGACAGUGGCACCAGACCUGCAGCGGCUGCACGGCUGGAUCCUCGACUUUGCUUACAUCGGCAUCUCAAACGCCACUGCCGAGCUGCCGGCUGUCAUGGAGGAAAGACGGGUGACGGUCUUCGACUUAAUGAAUACUUGA